AUGUCGACUUCAAGCUUCAACCCUGAUGCUGCGUUAUUCGCGCCUCGCCAGCGCAAGUCGAUAUAUUGGUAUUAUUUAAGGAGUGCGAGUGCAGUAUACUCCUACUUCGGUUCGUUGAGGAGUAGGGCAACACUUUUCUACAAGAAUGCAUCCAUACUCGCCCUGCGUUCAUCGAUGAUAGCGCUAGUAAUUCUAGUGUUCUUGGACAUGGGUAGCCCUUGGAUCGCCGACAUUGAUUGCGUGUGGACAGGGCAGUUGGUAGCAAGCAACGGCCGAUGCAGCAGCGUAAUCCACGAGGACAGCAAGGUCUUCUUUAGCGUACGAGCUGCGAGAGGGGAGAGAGUAGGGCGGGAGUCAGAGGAACUCCGAGUCGGGGAUCUACAGGCGACGGUACUCAACCGGGCUUCGAUUAAUCGUGUCGGCGCACAGCUUGAACGAGUGCAUCAACAAAAAGGCGUGCUAGUACCACCUAGUCAUGUUAAUGCAGACUCUGACGCUCCUAGAGUGGCUGAAACCCAUUGCAAUUUGAUCCACCAUACAAAGCCAGGAAAUGCCAUCCAAAAAUUGAACGUGGGAGGGUCCAACAAAUCGAAUCAAAGAAAUCCUCGGUCUGUGAAGCGAGUGAUUAAGAACAAGUCCGAUUUCCUGGCCAUAGUCAGGACAUGCGAAACUAUCAUGGAAGUUUUUCAAAGAGCAACUAAGGAUGCUACCGGUGCCGAUCUGCAAAGAUCUUCGGGGAUGCAUUGUCUGAGCUUAACACUUAAUCGCAUGAUUAGCGGAGCAGCCUCAAAGAUGGUGCAAAGAUUUUGGCAGGGGCUCUUCUCUGUCACAACUGAUCGCAAUCAGAUCGUCGGAUGGGAAAAAGACUUGGAUCGCGUCAUCGCACCCUUCAAUAUGUCUUUUGAAGCGAUCACUCGCAUUGCAAUAAGUGUGGGGAAGUUCAUUUUGGGACUCAACGCUACUAAUGUCAAUGUUCUAGAGAUGUUCAACGUCGUUCAUGGUGCCUUCAAAGAGUCACUCAAACAACCUCCGACCAUGUCCAACACGGAGUCAGGUAGUGUCGAGAUGCAGCUCCCAGAACCUCCUGAGGAUUGGAAACCUCCCUCGGAGUCCCGCGCUCGGCAGAUUUUCGCGUUUAGCAACUACUAA